AGCCGUUGCUCAAGUGAUCGCUCGCGAUCGCUCGCACGAGCAGAAAGGGGAGAGAGAGAGAGAGAGAGAGAGAGAGAGAGAGAGAGAGAGAGAGAGUGAGCGAGAGAGAGAGAGUGAGCGAGCGAGCGAGCGAGCGAGCGAACGAGCACGCGGGUUCGUCGGCCCGCUGAGCUUAGUCGUAGACAUUACCUGUGUCUUGCGAAUUUUCAUCAAAGAGCUUUAUCCCUGCACACCUUGAUUCGCGCGACGAAUCCGCGUCGUCGAGGGCGAAGCUGAAGCAAAUGACCGUAAGGUCGCGGCGAAGCCGUGGCGGGUCGUCAGGUCGGGUGCACCUCGGCGUCACGAACUCGGGCGAACUCGAGAAGUAACAAGUCGAGUUCACGGGCUCGAUCGUGUUGGAGAAUGUCGCGUGUUGCGAAUGUUGAGCGGCCAGUUCUCCUGCUGGAGUCGACACCGCGUUGACGUGCGCAUUGUUAUUGCCAGCCCCGUGCCAUCGUCCACGUGGUGGAGAGAGAAAGAGAGAGAGAGAGAGAGAGAGAGAGAAUUUGAAGAGAUCGCGCCGAACUAACGAUGCAGCACGGGCACGAUGACGAGCGGCGGGAUUAGACUCGACCCGGACUGGAUGAAAAUGGUCGAGUUGCGUGCCGGCGCGAUGACGAGCGCCGGGAUGAGCAGCCUGGCCACGGCCAAGUCCUCGAACCGUCUGUACUACGCGAUCCUCACGAUCCUCGACACAGUGUUCUCGGCGCUGGUGGCCGCGCCGGCGGUGGUCGGCUAUUGGCGCGGCACUUGGGGCCUCAGCGACCUGUACGUCUACCCGGACGAGCCGACCUUCAGCAGCUUCGCGUCGAUCACGGUCGGCUUCGUCGGCCUCUUCACCUUCAGUGUGCUGCAACACGGCCUGGACGACGCGCUGCACCCGGACAAGCACCGGCUGUCCUAUUACCUCGGCUCCCGCCUCUACACCGGCGUGUUCGGCUUCUGCUGCGUAAACGCGUGGCGCGGCGCCUGGAAGGCCCUGGACGUUUACACGGAGCUGACUGUCGGCACCGUCAUCGCCACGACCGCCGUCAGCCUCCUGGCGCUCGGCAUCAUGCGCGCGAUUCGCAACAUCUCCGCGCCGCCGUUCUCGCUCUGUCUCGACUCGUGCCCGGGUUACUUCGAAGUGCAGACUAUGUUUCGCGUCAACAAUACGAGGGACUGGUCAUUGUACUUAUUGGAUUGUGCCUUUAGCGUAGGCGUCGUGGGCACCUUGGUUGUUUUCGUCUGGAGAGGCGUUUGGAUUCUGUUUGACCUUUACCUGUUUCCAGAAAAUGCGAAAUAUUCCGCGGUUGGCUCACUAGCCAUCGGAUACUCGAUAGUCGCCGUGACAUUUUGCCUGCAGCCGCUGAUGCGAUACCUCUGCGCGCGUCUUCAGGGUCUGGUCCGCUUGGUGGUCGCGGACGCUUUUCUCCUGCUGAGCUUCCUGGGCACCGUGAACGUCUGGCGCGGUAUAUGGAACGCGCUGGAUCUAUGGUUGCUACCAGACAAUCCAGAAUUGUCCUGCUGGAUCACUCACAUCGGCUGUUUCGUCUUCCUUGUCCUCCUCAAUUGUAGCAACACUAUCCUAGUUCGCGGCGUCUACAUUGACGCCGAGGAAGAGGAAGGCAAGUGCGUCGUAUUUCCGUGUCACUAUCUUCGAUUGUUCUUUAAGAUCGAACGUGAGAAGAAGGAAGCGAGACGGCAGAAGCUGUUGGUGGCCUCGCAGGACUUCGACGAUCGCGUCGAUGCGAACGGAAAGGAUAGCGAGAACGGUAUCCUCCUGCCGAACAAUGCCACGGCGACGAUUAUACCGAUGAACGCGGACUCCGUGUAGACCGAGAGCGAAACCGAUCUGAUCCGUCGUCGACAUGAUCCAGCCAGGUGGGGGACAGUAGUUCGCCACGCACGAGCUCGGCACGGAGCCGUAUGAUUGAGAUAGACGCAAGUGAAUCAUCGGCGGAAUCCUUGUGGCCCGGUUCCUUUUCUAGAUCGUGCCGUAAUCAGUUUUGCGCCUCGAACGUUGCGCGCGCAACGUUCUCUCGCAAGAAGCGCGCGCUAAUCCUCACGAUCGGCCCGAUCGAAUUCCCGCUGGUCGUCAGGAUACAAAGUGACCGCGAAAGAGAAAUAACAGAUUCGCGACACGCGGCGAUAGGAAGGAUCAGGGCUGGGAAGAAGGUCUAUUUGAAGAUAACCCGUGUGUUGCUGACGAGAAGAAGGAAAGAUAACCGUUGCCACGGUGUUAACGGCAUUGCAAAUGACGCGUAGCUUCCCAGCCCUGAGGAGGGAUCAGACGUGUGGCCGAGGAAGGCGUAUGGCUGUGAAUGAACGUACAAAGUGAACGCAUACGUUUGCGCUGAGGCAAUACCUGCUUCGUACGAUCAUAGGUCGAAUAUCAUAGGUCGCGAGACGGUGUCGCGCGAAAUAGUAGUACAUAUGAUGCACGAGUGAUCGUCGUUGAAGCGACGCGACGUGACGCGACGUAGGAAGGGACUCGAAAGUAUUUUAAGAACUGAUGCUGCCAUUGUGCGUUUUACCUAUCAAGAUCACUCGUGCAGCCACAUCUGAAAACGAAUACGGUUAUUGGAAAAAGGAAGAAAGGAAGAAAGAAAGAGGGAGGGAGGGAGGGGGAGAGAGAGAGAUUAUUUAUAUAUUUAUUUAAACGAAAGUAAAACACGCACGAACACGUGCACGAGAAUUGAUUCAUAGAGAUACUUACCGAAUAAAUCAAAUGUCAAUAUCAAUCGUCUGUAUUGUGUCUGUGUGCGCCGAUUAUCCUUCAUUCAUUCAUUCAUUCACUCACUUUCCUCGCCGUAAAUGUAACAUAGUGAUAUUUUUAUAGCGCCGUGCGCGCUCCACGACGUCGUCUAUGUGGUUCUUACUCGUGUGCAAAAUGUGUAAUAGCUGUAGUGCAAAAGUAAGAAGAUUACGAAUGGAAGGAGACGAUUUGUUGACAGCUUCGUUCUCGCGGAAUCAAUUUUCUAUUCUGCAGCGCGACAAGUAUAACUACAAAGAUCACACUUGUGAGUCUAAGCUCAUUCUAAAGAACGAAGCAUAAAAAGGGAAGGAAGGAGAAGAUUAUCCGUGUAAUGAUCUCAAUCUCUCUCCAUGUCGGCAGAAUCGCUGCGCGAGUAAAUUCUCAGUAGAUAUGUGUCCACACAGAAAAAAUGCUGUUGAAUGAAGAAAGGAAGAAAUGUAGUUUUAUCUUACAACAUUGGCCGCUAGAAAUACAAGCAUUUACUUCGAUAUUUGUGCAACAGCAUUUUUUCUCGGAAUGGUUAUAUAUAAUUAUAUAUUAUCAUACAGAGACAAAAUUCAUGUGAAAUUAAUUUCUCCCGGGUUAUCUGUCGUUCCUGAGUCAAUUUUCAAGUUAUGUUCGAUCGUCUUCGGUUACUCGCGAGAAAAAGAUUCGCCCGACUCUGCUCAGCGGUGCGCUUUUGCACGAGGAUCAUCCACCAUGCGUCCACGGACUCGUUAUCGAGAUUAGCAUCGAACGAGACCUUGGAUGACGAUAGCGAUAAAUUGAACAGGACCGUUACAAGUAGAAUGUAACCUUCUCCCCGUAUCCUGUACACCUCGUAGUCUUUGCUCUUGUGCGGCAAUUACUGUGUCGCUGGAGUACUAAUAACUAAUUAUUCGAGGUAAUGACGGGACAAUAGGCGGCGGGCACGACGAUGGGAAGUGCUUAGUUCGACGAUAAAUGCUUGCUCCCCUGGCCUACAUUUAAUGUUUCCACGGCGAACUCCCUCGCGCACGGCGAGGGACAGGGAGGAGGAUGAGGAGGAGGAGGAAUCGUUUUCCGUAUCGCAGGCGGAAUAGUCAGUCGUCGACGAUUUCUUUGUUCUUCCUAAUUUAUUUGUGUUUCGUUAUUGCCGUAUAUGUUAUUGAUUAUAUUAACUGAUCAUUCCGUGGCGUCGACAUAGAGGUAUUCUCUAUCCAAAAUGCUAGCAGUUCGCCGGCAAAUUGGCAACAGAUUCGACCAAACACCGUAACAGGCCUAUAGAGUUAAUUCAGCCUAUCUGUGUCGAUAUUAAUGCUCCUGUUCCGUCAACAAAGGCUGCUCACACUACUUGACAGUAGAAAUCGAGCAAAAUCUACUCCUCUUGAAUGCAUUGAAAUGGUUGCAGAACAGCAGAUGCUUCUCAGUUUCCGUCAAUUUUCCAUCACGCUCUGUCAACAAAUCAUGUUACAGUUCUGUUGACGAGCUACCGACGAGAAUUUAUAGCAGACAUUGUACAAAAUCUCUUCCCACAUGUUUGGCUAUCUGAUACGCUCAGCCAUUCUCUAUGCCGCUUCAUCACCUUGACGCCAAUACUAAAAAUAUACGCAAAGUUACUCCGGAUCAGAGUUACGACUAAUUAAUUACUUUCUCAAUUAAUUAUUGUGUCUAAUUGACGAUUACUAUGAGCCAAUUCAAUUGGAGACUGUUUAACUGACGAUUGAUUUCGACGAAUUCAAUUCAAGACAAUUAAACUGCUGCUCAUCAAAUUUGCUAAAUUAAAUUGUCAACUGAAGGAUCUUUCAUUCCCUUCGCUCAAAUCAAUCGUUAAUUGAACGGUCUUCAAUUGAAUUCGUUGAAAUCGAUCGUCAAUUGAACAUUCCUCGGCAGAUUUUGCUUGAAUCAAUCGUUAAUUAGCUGAAUGGAAACAUAUUUGUUCAAAUCAAUUAUUAAAUUCAGAAAAAUUUAAUUGAUAUUGUCACAACUCUGGAAGCAGCAAACACGCGAAUAAGCCGGAAAAUGCCUUCAGCUUGCUGCGAUAUAACCGGAGCAAAGUUGUAAAAAUAUCAAAUUUGUUCAAUUUAAUAAUUAAUCUGGACAAACAUAUUUCAAUCCAAUUAAUUGACAAUUAAUUUGAACGAAACCAAUCGAAAGAACCAACGAAAAGAAUGUUUAAUUGACAAUUGAUCUCGAGACGAAUUGAUCAUAUGAGUUGUUACCUAGCAAUCUUCGAUUGAGUCGAUUGAAUUUGCUCAUAUCGAUCGUCAAUUAAACAUCAUUUAAUUAAAUUUGCUAAGUUCAAUUAUUAACUGAACCAUCUUGAAUUCCCUUCGCUCAUAUCAAUCGUCAAUAGAACGGUCCUUAAUUGAAUUCAUCGAAACUGAUCGUCAAUCGAACAGUUUUCGAUAGAAUUUCUCGAAAUCAAUUGUUAAUUAAGCGUUCUUCAAUUGAAUUGGUUCAAAUUAAUUGUCAAUUAAACCCGACAAUUAAUUAAAAAGUAAUUAAUUACUCGCAACCCUGCCAUGUACGAAUAAUAGUUUAACCGGAGGUCCUCGAGAGAGGACUCUCCUCGAUCUGCCAGAGCGUCGACAGGCGCGGUCGCGUUGAUCGGCUCUCGAUCGAUCACGAUCAAAUCAAUGUCAACGUGGUGGGGCGAUCUAUUUGGGGAGGCGCGACGACGCCGUCGUGCAACGAGAAUCAGUCAGCGAGGUGAGCUACGACGAAAGGUGAAGCGUCGUUGCAGAGUGAAAGCGACGAGCACGUCGACGUCGACGGCGGCGCCGAUCGAGUGUUGCACGCCGUGACACCGCGGUCGGAUUCCCCGUCUGACGUGCAGCCUCUUCGUCAUCUGAAAACGCGCUCUCUUCCGAAGCACGGCUGAUUGUCGGGCGUCUCGUCAGGCGAACGCGGAAUUCCUUGGAGCUCGAGCGGGAUGGCGGCGGAUGAUCCCCUCUGCUGGGAACCCCUGGUGUCGGUCGAGUUCGAGGUGUUCGGGAAAGUGCAAGGUCACAGUGGUUAACUUCGGUGGGAAGUCCGGGUAGCGAGAUACAUCACUGCGAAUUUACGAAUUGGGAGAACGUCACAAAGCAGCAGUAUCAAGGCUUCGCGAUCCGCUUCUGAAAGCGUAUAGUUAAAUGUACAUUUACUGUAUUAGCGUAGCUCUAAUGCGCGCAGAAAUUCUCCUUGCUGGCAGAAUGUGUCUUCAAAAUCUCGAUAACGGUAAUACGUGCGGCAAUUACCACGAUUUCGUCUAGAUGUGUCUCUCUCUCUCUCUCUCUCUCUCUCCCUCUCUCCCUCUCUCCCUCCCUCCCUCCCUCCCUCCCUCCCUCCCUCCCCCUUUUCUCUUCUCUCUCUCUGUACAUUUUGUUUUGCUUUAACGCAUCGUCAGUUUUCACAUGUGAUUUGGUUAACACGAGGGCAUAUAAUAUUUAAUAACAUACUUUUAAUAAAUUACAUUUAAGUUAAA